AUGCCACCACAACCGCAGAUAUCUGAAUCUGCCUUUGGGCCCUGUGCAUCCACCGCUUCCUUGUUCCUUCACUCCCAAGGGUCUGUGAUUUUAUGCCUCCAUCAUGACACACUGGCGCUUGAACGAAAAUUCGAACACCACCUCGAAGAUAUCAACUUUAUAAGCGUGGACAAUGUUAGCGAGCGCGGUGCAGGGAGGUUGGUGGUCAGCUACGAUGUCGGGCAGACAGCAAUCGUGUGGGAUCUGUUCACAGGAAACGUGAUUGCACGAUUUGCUUCUUUUGAGCAGCUGCGAGUUGCAGCCUGGAUGCGGAAUGGGAACGUGGCUUUUGGAAAUGAAAAGGGUGAUGUGAUUCUCUUUGAACCAUCUACCUCUGAGAACAUCUCUUGCCGCACAAUCUUUGAUCCCAUCACGGCUUUAGCGCCAGGGUCGGAUUGCCGAACCUAUGCUAUUGGGUACCAGAACGGCUCCAUCCUAAUAGCUACUUUGCAUCCUACGUUUACUAUUGUUCAUACUAUGACUACUUCUCGCGGCCCGUCACCAAUCGUAUCGUUGGCAUGGCAUGCAUCGUCAUCUAAGCAGAAGUCGGAUAUGUUGGCUACUCUUGCAGCAAAUGGUGACCUAAGAGUCUGGAGCGUGGCGAAACCCCCGGGUAAAGAGGUCCCGCGGACGAUUAGGGUUCUAAAGAGAUCGGAUACCUCUUCGCCUUCAGCGCCUAAGUGGAUGUCAUGGUCAAAGAACGGAAGGAUUGUUCAGUACCUGGAUGGUGAAACGUGGUCUUGGGACGUCAGAACAAAACACGUCACAUCUGAACCCAUUCCUACAGUAGACAACCCUCGUGGCUUUGCCAGUUAUGGGCCUACAGCGACUCUGUUUACCCUGGGACCUCAAUACACCGUUCAGCAGUAUGACCUGGAAAAUCCAGCUAUGGUGGCCAAUGUGCAGCAUCUCCCUGCUGGGGUGGUCAUACCUGUGCCUAUAGAGGAAGCCAGGGCGCGCGCUAUCUCACCCCGGACUUUACAAGACCCCUCAGACAUGCGAGAGUCAAACCAAUUGUUUGGUACCAGACGUGCUCCAUUUGAUUCGAGUGGAAUUGAUGUUGUGGGGCAACAAUGUGCGGAUCUGACUAGCCCUGCUUCCUCACGUAGCCAUGCGAACUCGCGGCAGAGAAACCCCACAGCCGUCUGGAGCGUCUUAUGCAUAUGCGUCGUCGGUGUCGAUGUCGUCAGUCAAAAGUUCCCGGCUCACCGUCCACUGGAUGAGUCUCAUUUGACUCCGGAUGAUUUGCGCCGGCAGAUGUUGAGCGUCGUUUUCGGCUGGGAUGGUGAUAUCAUAGGGUUGUUAAAUAAUGAACUUAGCCACCAUCCACCGGGGAGCCAGAGCGCUAUUCUUCUAGCGCAAUGGCUCGGAGAAUCAGACACGGAUCAAAUGGUAUCAAUGCUUGCUUCAGGUCCUGCCUCUUCUGCGGACUGGAUGCUGUUAGCCUUCAGUCAAAUGCGCGGAGAAUCGCAGGCCAAUAAGGUUGGACAAGCCUUUGUGCAAAAAUUGUUGGAGAUUGGAGAUAUUCAUACGUCGGCCACUAUCUUGCUCGGGCUCGGGGACAAGAACGAUGCGAUCGAAGUAUACGUUUCACAGAACUAUUACAUGGAGGCUAUCUUAAUGACCUGUCUUGUGAUGCCUACUGAUUGGCAACGUCAGUCAUUCCUUGUUCGGCGCUGGGGAGAGCAUGUAGUUUCCCACUCACAGCAGCAGCUCGCGAUCCGCUGCUUCAUGUGUACCGGGGUGGAACCAUCUGACCCUUGGACAUCACCAGCGGCACAGCAAGCUACGUCCCUUGCGGAAGUAAUAUCGAGGAGAUCACCUAUCACAUCUCCAGAACCAUAUCAAAAUCCGGUGAAUCUUUUGCCGCCGAGCACCCAACCCAAGGGGCCAGCCAAUGUCAGGCACCAGUCCAAAACUCCAGCUCUCAAGCUGAUUACAUCCUUUGACUCGCAGCCGAGUCAAAAGUUCCGGUUUCCUGGACUGAAGUCCGAUGACCGGACGCCGACAAACGCUCCUGGAGUUACUCCGAUCGCCGAGUCUGCGGUGGUAGAGUCUGCCGUCUCACCCGGCGGAUUUGGAUCUUAUAAACUGAAUAAUAUCCAGAGUAUAAACAACGCUGUUAACCCUAGAACGGGAACCCCGGGAUAUUCUAGGCGACGACUUCCUUCUAUUGGCGAGACACCUGUAGAUGUGCACCCACCAACCUUCCCUUCCAACAGUCUCAACAAGCCCGCGGAGUACAGCUCGACAUCGGAGAAUGAUGGUGCAGAGAGCAAUCAAGUCCGCACAAACAAAAAAGAAAAACAACCUAGUCUGCUUCCGUCCGCGCGCUAUGAUCCGGACGAGAACUACAAACCGAGCCCUCAAACUGCGGUCCAGGCAAGUUCAGAUAAAUUUGCAGGCAUUAAAGGCCUUCCUUCCCCUGCGGCUGGAUUUUUUGAUGCCCUCAAAGAGCGAUCCGACAGUCGUAAUGGAUCUCGUGACCGGAUGCCAGAUGGGUUGCAGCUCCAUUUGCAACAUGAUGAAUCGUUUGAAGAUGACCCGCAAGACGAGUUAGACAUGACGAUUGGAAAUUUUAGAAGCCCAACAUCAACACUGAAUAGCUACAGUUCUGCAAAGAGCCCGAGCGUCAGCGGCCGGAGUAUAGACCAGUAUAUUAGCAGCCUCGAUGAAGCGAACUAUCAUGCGAAGAAGUAUCAAAGCCACCGUUCCCAUGGCCAAAGCUCUGCACGGCGACAUCACUCCAGAAACCCAUCACAGGAGACUAGGGGAAGACGUGAAAACCGAUACGUUGCACCAGCCAAACGCUCCCCUUCUUCACCCGUUCCCAUGUCACCGGAGGAAGUGGCGAGCUAUCACAAUUUCGAGAGACAUGAGGAUGGCCAUCGGAACAAGAAUGCCCCUAAAACUCGGAGUACAAGCAGAGUGAGGAAACCCCGUUCCAGGGCUUCUUCAGAGCGCCGUAACAACCGCUCGUCUAGUCGACAUACAGCCAGUCGAUUGGGUGGGGACAAGAAUGAGACUUCCAACAGGGGCCGUAGCAUUGAUCGACCGGCGUCGCGCCCGAGGUCUCCAUCCUCUCCAUUGCCCAUGUCUGCAACGGAUGAUGCCUUAAGGCUAGUUACCAGCGAUCGAGAGCGGCGGACUCAGCAGCGAAGUGGCAGCAGGCGCCCAGAGAAAGGAGCUGGCGCAUCGAGUGAUUCCUCUCCCGAGGCAAAUCGCACAAGGGCAAGGUCUCGCAGUCGCCAUGGGCAUGAAUCAAGGCCAAACACUGUACACGAUCAGAAUGAGUCAAUGGCGAAUGGUAACGGCAAAGACGCCGUCGUGGACGCAAAGUCCCGGGAGAUCACAAGUGAGCUGACCGACCAGGCUAGGGACAUUCAUACUGUAACGAUGCCACUGGCGGGACUGUCAGAGCAGAGACGAAAAGAUCUUGCAGCUGCGGAGCUGGAAGCACGGCGUCUAUCACUUGCGCGUAAUCCGUCGGCACCUAAUAUACCUUUUCCAGGCGAAUUGCAACCCUCACGGAGUGCGUUGGAAAGUCCACCAUUUUCGGUGAACUCAUUUGGUCCACGGGCUCCUGGAAGGCGUAAAAUGUCAGCGAGCAAAGCAUCGCCGGAGUAUCCGAGCAGCUCUGAUUCUAAUUCAUCCCGAUCUGGGGGGCCACAUGGACUACCUUCAACCCCAAAGGCCAUGCGGCACCCGAAAUAUGCCGGAUGCGAGGAAACUGCUUCAUCAAUCCCACCAGUACCCGACAGUGCUACCAUUCUAGGUGACCCAAGUUUUUAUAUGGACGACUCUGAUAGGAUUGGGCGUUCCAUGUCGGUCCCGGUACCCGAAAACCAGCAAAAGGGGACUGUACCUACAGAUCUACCCACCCAUCCUAGGUUCAAUCCGAAUCUUCCACGAAGUCGCUCAACCAGCAGAGGCCGGAACACGGGCCAUCACCGCGAGAGCUCGCGGGAGACUAGUGGAUAUGGUGGAUAUAGCUAUGGAGGUUCACCUGUAUCCAUCAGCAUCGAAGAAACAAUCGAAAAUGUCAUGAAAACGAAGCAGGUGGAGAACCCACCAAUUCUUCCAGAGCUACAGCACCUGAACACGCCACCGCCGCCGCCACCUCUUCCUGCAUCUCCACGAGAGUCUUCCGGCACUAUUGACAUUGCCAUUGACAAUGAUAAUAUGGGGAAGUUGCUCCCACGCGCCAUGACUGCUGCACCAGCGCCCACUAUGGAUGAAUACCCGGCCAUGGAGCGUCGUCGAAUGUCAUUUGAUCAUCGCCGGGGCAGAAGCGUCAAUGAAAGUUUCACCAGCAAGAUCCGCAAUUUGACCCGUAUGGGUAGUCGCGGGCCUGACGCAUGGGCGCCUGCUGGUGAGAUGCAUCUGCCGUACGAAAGUGUGCAGAUGGCCGAAAGCCGGAUGUAA